CAAGAGGUUGCAGGGACCUGGACCACCCCAUCCGCCCCCUCCCUCCCACCACGACCCCCUGCAACUCGCAGCAAUGCCGGUCCCGCUCCACCUGCUCCUCGCCUUGGUCCUUUCGGUCAGCCCAGCCCGGGCCGGCGAGGCGCUGACCCUGGACGGGGGCCAAGGGGACCCGGCCAGCCGAUGCAGAGAGGCCGGGGACCACCUGGGAGAGGGCACCGCCCCCUGCCACCUCGCCCCGGGCCUCCAGAGCAAAGAACCGUUUAUCAAGUGUGUGACCUGCAAGAUGGUGGUGCAGAAGAUAGUGGCCUCCGUCGGAGAAGACCCCACCCCCGAGAACAUUAAGGAAGCGGGAAGCAAGGUCUGUACCCGAUUGGGCCGCUUCCUGCGCCGCGUCUGCAAGAAGUUCAUUAAGAAGUUCCUCGACAUGAUCACCCAGGGCAUUCAGGAGGGCAAGGAGGCCAAGGAGAUUUGUGUGGACAUCCGCUUGUGCAAGGGAUCAUCCGGCUACAACUUGAAAUAGGUCUAACAGACCUGAAAACUCCUGCCCUCUCAGGACAUCUCACUGGGGACACUGCACAGCCGCCCUCUCCCCAUCUCUGUGACCCCCGACCUGCUGAACUGCUCCUCCUCGUCCAGCUUCCAGCCCUUUCCACUGGCUCAUCAGGGAAUAAAGUGCCUGGUCUUUGCAGUGUGGACUAGCUCUGGGCAGGGCUGCCUCACGCCUCUUCCUUUGCUUAAUAAAUCAUCCUGGUCAGCUCUG